CUUUCAGCAGUCGAACCGCGGCUAUCGAAGAGGUUGCAUAGAUAAUACGCAAACUCGUUUUUCCGAUCGGUAAACACGCUGCAGAGGAACGCGGCCUUUAAAUCAUAUGAUAAAUCCCCUAACCGACUAGUUUAAUUCAUACAACUGCGAGUUUUAAUACAUAACUACUUUAGUCGCUAAAGGAUGAUUGUUGUUAACGUUUUUAAAUAGACACCGAAUUUAGAUGAUUAUUUAGUAUAAAAAAAAUACGAACAUGGAUAAGGAUUCGUUAGGCGCUACCUCUAGGGGAGCGCAACAAAAAAAGACGCAAAAACCUUUAAAACCUACUUGCAACUUCGGCAUAAACUUGGUGAUGUGUGUUUUGUGUCUUGUGAGUGUGUCAUCAUCAGUGUGGCGGGAAUUUGACAUGAAGAGUAGGUUGUCUGUUCUUGAAGAUAGGGUAGCUUACUUAGAACUAAGGUCGGAUUCUCCGGAAAAAGGAAUGGAAGGAUUGUUCGAACGAUAUCGACGGGAAGCUGUAUAUCAUUUGAAGAGGCGAGUUCUGAGGGAUGUUCCUCAUGAUGGUAGAAGAAUGAGAGAUAUUCCCGAAUGUGUUUGUCCAGCAGGACCUGCAGGACCACCUGGACCACCAGGAGCACCGGGAAAAAGAGGACGCAAAGGAAAAAAAGGAGAAGCAGGAGAACCUGGUUCUCAAGGAGUAGCAGGAACACCGGGCAAGAAUGGUUUUCCGGGGCCCAUUGGACUUGACGGACCUAAAGGGGAACCAGGCAGACCUGGGGAAAAGGGACAAAAAGGUCAAACAGGAAGCGCAGGCAUAGACGUUCUUCAAGCUGUUAAGCUGCCUGGCAGGACUUUAAAAAGAUCGGUAACGACGCUACGAGGUGGAACUCUUGGAUACGCCGAAAUUGUCGCCGUCAAGGGUGAACCUGGAGAACCGGGACCACCGGGCCCACCUGGUCCACCAGGAUCUGAAGGUAUGCCUGGACAUGAUGGUCGGCAGGGAAUGACUGGAGAACCAGGUCCACCAGGUGAACGUGGAGAUCCUGGACCUAUGGGUCCACCUGGGCCUCCCGGUUUGGACGGAAUGAUUGGACCAAAGGGUAUGCCAGGUAGAAAUGGCAGUAAAGGUGAAUCCGGUAUCCCAGGAGACAAAGGAGACAAAGGUGAAAGAGGGCUCACAACAACACUCACUGGUGAUCAAUUCCCUACAGGCAUUAUUGAAGGACCUCCUGGUCCUCCGGGACCACCAGGUGAUAAAGGAGAACCAGGGCCAAUAGGACCUCCAGGAGCUCCUGGAGAAAAAGGAGCAAGGGGAAGGCGAGGGAAAAAGGGCCUAAAUGAAAAUGUGCUAUCUAAAGGCGCUCCUGGAGAGAAGGGGACGGCGGGAUCACCAGGACCUAAAGGAGAUUCGGGAGUUAUGGGUCCUCCUGGUAUUUCUGGAUUAAAUGGAGAACCUGGACUUCAAGGACCUCCUGGACUUCCGGGAUCAACUGGUGAAAAAGGCGAGAAGGGUGAUUAUGGUGAUAUUGGACCUCCUGGAUUAAUGGGACCACCUGGUUUACCUGGACCACCAGGUUAUCCUGGACAAAAAGGAGAGAAGGGAGAAAAAGGAGAUUCGAAAUACAAAAAGCUUAGGAGGCGACAGGGGGACGGUACUGGAGACUUCUAUACUGGAGAAUUGAUAAUGGGACCUCCAGGACCUCCUGGUCCACCAGGAAUUCCGGGUUUGCAGGGUCCACCGGGCAUCAAAGGGGAUCGAGGAGCAGAUGGAUUAAAAGGAGAGCAAGGCGAUAAAGGUUCUAAGGGGGAUCCAGGACCAAUGGGAUUACCUGGACCAAUGGGAUUGAGAGGAGAAAGCGGUAGGCCGGGUGAUUAUGGAAAACCAGGUCCUAUGGGACCUCCGGGACUAGAUGGAAUGAAAGGGGCACAAGGGGAACCAGGAAAUAAAGGAGAGAGAGGAGAUCCUGGCCUCCCGGGUACAGAUGGGAUUCCAGGACAAGAGGGACCCAAGGGUGAUAAAGGAUACAAAGGUGAUGCGGGUCCAUUUGGAAAAAGAGGGAGAAAAGGUGAUAAAGGUGAUAAAGGAGAUCAAGGAGUACCAGGAUUAGAUGCGCCUUGUCCUUUAGGAACCGAUGGUUUACCGUUACCAGGAUGUGGCUGGAGACCACCAAAAGAUAUACCUCGACCUGCUCCACCACCUCCAAUAAACAUGGACUUUGAAACAGAAGAUCCUACUGAUGAAGGUGAGGAUUAUGAGGAAGUCGAAGGUGAAGAGUAUGACGACUAUGCUGAAAUCAACCAAGCACUACCAACUGACAGUUAAUCCACACUAACGUUUCAUAUUUCUAUUAUUGAUCAGGCAUUAACGCGACACCAGGACCUGGUUAGUACUUAUAGUGUGAAGUGACCAUGUAUAUAAUUAGUGUUUCGGGAAUUUUAUAUUAUUAUUUUUUGUUACUAAUCAAUUGAAGAACUAUUAGAACUCUACAAUUUUGUGUCUCUGUAGCCAAUUUUAAAUAUUGAAAUAUUGUCCAUAUAUUUAUAAAAAUUUGUAUAUGUAAAUAAAUGGUUUAUGUCUAGUAUUUUUAGAUUAAGUGAACUACUUUAUAGUCUUUAAAUGCGUUUUUGAAAUUAGUAGAAGUUUCUGUUACGACUAUCAAUUAAUAUAAAUUAUUUGUGACAUAUUUGUUGUACGUUUUUCGAUUAAAGUUUCAUUGUAUA